UAAUAUUAAUGACUGCUGAGGAGACGGCGGCGCAUCUUUGUGGUCCGCCUGACACCUGAUCGAAAGAAGAGAUGCGCCCUUAACAGCCACCGCGAAGACGGGAAAGGAAGGGCAGAGGGAACACAUAAAUCUGUCCUCAUCCCGCAGCUGCUCUGCUUUUGGACUUUUUGUCUUGCCGCUCAUGCAGAAGCUCGUGCGUUUUCCGGAGGAGAGCCGAGAACUGAUUUCUCAUCAGCUGCGUGAGACGACCACACAUUGUUGACUGCUUUCAUGAACGCUGGGACUCUUCUCGUCACUUGAUGGGAAUAUAGAAACCACCUUCGUUUUGGUGCGAUGAUUUGAUCUGGUAGGAAUGGACUGGGCUGAGAAAUCUUCAAGCUAGUGAAGACAAUCGAUGGGAACGUUUGUCGUUAAAGGACAAAAAUACACUCUUUAUGGAUGCUAAGUGCUUAAGAGAAGUAUAGACAUACAUACAGAGAGAGAUUUUCAUUUUGUUUUUUGGUCUCUAUCCUACGUUUUUGUUAGAACUGCUCUUUGGCUCCAAACAUUUACACCAGGAGGUAAAAUUGAGUGAUUGGUCAUUACAUUUCAAGGACGUCAAAACAGCAAGACAUAAAAAAAAAAAAACCUGGGGAGCCCAGUGGUGGUGGUGGUGGUGGGCGUGGUGGGGAGUCAGUUGACUUAGCAGCUGCUGCAAAUGAUUCACUGUUGAACAACACAUAUUUUUUUUGUAAAUCUACAAAGACCAAUUUCUUGUUGGAGGGAAUCAAUCCAAUAUGAAGGACGUGUCUUUUGUGGAUUUUCUCUUUGUGGGAUUGGCCAUGGCCUCUCUUGUGUCCACUGAGGUGUCACCUGAUUGCCCAAAGCUUUGCGUAUGUGAAAUCAGACCCUGGUUUUCUCCCAGUUCAGUGUACAUGGAAGUGCUGACAGUUGACUGCAAUGAUCUGGGACUAUUCAACCUACCAGAAAGAUUACCACUGGGGACGCAAGUGUUGUUACUGCAAACAAACAAUGUUGCCAAGAUUGACAAAUCUUUGGAUUACUUGGCCAACAUCACAGAAAUUGAUUUGUCACAAAACAAUCUAUCCUCCAUCAGCGACAUACAUUUGGGCAAUCUCUCUCAGCUGCUUUCCCUUCACAUGGAAGAGAACUGGAUACGGGAGCUACCCGAGCAAUGUCUGGCAGAUGGGGCUAACCUUCAAGAGCUGUACAUGAAUCACAAUCUCAUCUCAUCCAUUUCUCCAAUGGCUUUCCAGGGCCUUAGCAACCUUGUUCGGCUCCACCUCAAUUCUAACAAGCUGAAGGUCAUUAAUAGAGAGUGGUUUGAACCCAUGCCAAACCUGGAGAUCCUAAUGAUUGGUGAAAACCCAGUUCUUUCCAUUGACGAAAUGAACUUCAGAUCUCUCAGUAACCUCCGCAGUCUUGUUCUUACCAGAAUGAACUUGUCACAACUUCCCGACAAUGCACUAGCUGGCCUUGACAACUUGGAAAGCAUUUCAUUCUAUGAUAAUAUUUUUCCAGAGGUGCCUCACUCUGCCCUGAAAAAUGUAAAAAAUCUCAAAUUCUUGGAUCUAAAUAAAAACCCAAUUUCAAGGAUACAGAGAGGGGAUUUUGUAGAUAUGCUCCAUUUGAAAGAAUUGGGGAUUAAUAGCAUGCCAGAGCUAGUGUCCAUUGACAGCUUUGCUCUCAACAAUCUCCCUGAGCUUACUAAAAUAGAAGCCACCAACAAUCCUAAACUCUCCUACAUCCACCCUAAUGCUUUCUACAAACUGCCCCGGCUGGAAACUCUUAUGCUGAACGGUAAUGCUCUCACUGCCCUCCACAGGAUAACAGUCGAAUCUCUUCCAAAUCUCAGAGAGGUCAGCAUGCACAGCAACCCCAUCCGCUGUGACUGUGUAGUUCGCUGGAUGAACAUGAACAAAACCAACAUCCGUUUCAUGGAGCCUGAUUCACUUUACUGCGUUGAGCCUCCAGAGUACGAAGGGCAACACGUUCGACAGGUGCAUUUCAGGGAGAUGAUGGAGAUUUGCCUGCCCUUAAUAUCACCCGAAAGCAUGCCAGGGCACAUUAAAGCACAGAAUGGAAGCUCUGUGUCACUGCAUUGCCGGGCCUUUGCUGAACCAGAGCCUGAUAUCUAUUGGAUUACCCCAUCUGGUACCAGGGUUCUGCCUAACACCAUGUCUCACAAAUUUUACGUGCACCCAGAAGGAACGUUUGACAUCUAUGAUGUAACGGAAAAUGAAGCUGGUGUAUAUACAUGUGUUGCCCAUAAUCUGGUUGGUGCGGAUCUUAAAACCGUCUCAGUAGAGGUGAAUGGAUAUUUUCCUGUAUCAACCAAUGGCUCACUCAAUGUGUUUGUGAAAUCAGUGGGAAUAAACUCUAUCCUGGUUUCCUGGAAAGGCCCCACAGGAACAUUGACCCCAAGCAUUAAAUGGUACUCAGUAUCAGAUACCACCCAUCCCACCACAGCGUUUACCACCAGGGUUCCUUCAGAUGUCCAAGUCUACAACCUCACUCAUCUCAGCCCUGCCACUCAGUACAGAGUAUGUGUGGAUAUCCGCACUAUUCACUACAACCAUGACACCAAAUGCAUCAGUGUCACUACUGAUGGAUUAAAGUUGGCAGCCAAGGACACAGAAAAAUGGGAUGCAGCACUAAUCACCGUCUUUGGAGGGUUCUUGGCUGUGAGUUCACUGGCCUGUCUGCUUUUAUAUGCAUCUCUGAGGAACCACUACAUUUACGGGAAUAUAAGGAAAUGUGACUCCAAAGCUUUGCUUUUGCCAGCAGAAGCUACUGGUCUUCACUCUUCAUUCUUUACAAAGCUGUGGGAUUCAGGUAAGGGCCUACCAAGUGGUGUGGAAGUUAAAGCCACAGUCAUAAAUGUAUCUGAUAAUGUCUUUUAAGAAUCCUGGUGGUGUAUAGCCCCACACAUUGACGACAGUGAAUGGACAAGGCCGUGAGCAGGGAUGAAUAAAGUUGGACUGGUUUUAAAGGCCAUAGUCAUGGCUAAUCCUCAGCUCAGAUACACUGGAAAAACUAUCAUUUUUGGGAUGGGAUACUUUUAACUGGACCACAUGUCAUCCCACUUGGAGCGAUGGUUUUGUAACUGUUAUACUGAACCAAUCUACCAUAAACAGGAAGAGGUCUUUACUGCAAAAAUAUACACUUCACUACCAUUCAUCCAGAAAUGCAGGAAGAAAACCGAGAGCAAAGCAGAUGAUGGGUGUCAACUCUCUUGUAAUUGACUGUUAAAUGUGUUCAGAGUUGUGGAACUGUCCGUGUGGUCCCAAGCAAUACCGUCUGUGCUUUGUCAAACAUCCAUAGACGAGUUAGAGAAACAAUAAUAACACCUGUCUAUUAUGGGAAAGGAGAAUUUAGUAGACUAGCCGAAUAACAGUGACUAUGGUGUAAGCCUUUUGAUGAACUAUAUCCCCUUUUUUCUAUUUAAGGAUGGACUCUUGAUUUUCUUGGAAAUAUUGUUAUAUAUUCUAUUCUGUUGAUGUAAUGACAAAUCCUCUGUAUGUGAAAAGUUUAAAUGGGUUUUAAAUUGCAGAGAGGAGCAGACUACUUUUGAUUACAGCGUCACAUUAAGCUUAAUGAAAUUCAGCUACAAAAUGGGUGUUUAGAGAGGGGAUUUGCCAAAUGGCUGUUUAUGCUUCGUAGUUCUCAUUACAAUGACUGGAGGAAAAAUAUUGAAUGCAUUUUACUAAAACUAAUAUAAAAGGUUGAUUAAAACUGAGGUAAGUGAUGCGAUAUCUGUUCAAGAAGUGGUUUGUUAUACUCUGGUAAGUGCCUACAACAAGAACUACAUGAAAGAGGCGGACAGGAUCUGGGGGAAGUCUUCAGCCACAGCAAAACACAUCAUCAUCGCUGAACCACAAGCUAUACUCCGAUACGUUUAGUGGAAAUACUUUCUCAGUAUUUUUAGCAUACAUAUUUUAAGAAAACAUUUUGUUAUUGCUUUGGGUGUAAAGUUAAAAGCCAUUUUUAUAUUAACUGUAUUAUAUGUGAUCAAUGGGCACAACAGACUAAUCGAGAAAAGCGCUAUGAAAAAAAUAAAUGUCAUUGUUUCUUUUACAAAAA